GCAGUGACAGCUCACAGAUUUCGAAUGGGUUUUUAAGUCCACGUAUAUUAAUAUUAAAUAUUAUACAUAUAACUAAUUUGUUUUAAUUUUCAGAAACUUUGUAAUAAGUUCAACUAUGACGUCUUUAAGACAGAAACAAAUCAGUGCUAUAAAGCAAAUGUUAAAUUUAAAUCAACCCCAGACGAAGUUAUCAGCCUCUGAACCUGUAUGGAAAGUAUUAAUUUAUGACAGGAUAGGACAAGAUAUUAUAUCUCCCUUGAUUUCUGUGAAAGAAUUACGAGAACAAGGUGUUACAUUGUUUGUCCAGUUACAUUCUGAUAGAGAUCCAAUCCCAGAGGUUCCUGCAAUAUAUUUUUGUGCUCCCACGGAAGAUAAUUUAGAUAGGAUAAGUCAAGAUUUCCAAAAAGGAACAUAUGACAUAUAUCACCUGAAUUUUAUUUCUCCUAUAUCUAGAGAUAAAUUAGAAGAUCUAGCUUCAGCAGCAAUAGCAGCAAACAGUGUAGCAAAUAUUCAUAAGGUUUAUGAUCAGUACAUAAACUUUAUUUCAUUAGAAGAUGAUUUAUUUGUCCUAAAACACCAAAAUAGUGAUAUUAUGUCAUAUUACAGUAUAAACAAAGGUGAUAUAAAAGAUUCAGAAAUGGAGGCUAUUAUGAACAAUAUAGUGGAUAGCUUGUUUUCAGUCUUCGUAACUUUAGGAACUGUGCCAAUAAUUCGAAGUCCUAAAGGAAAUGCAGCCGAAAUGGUAGCAAAAAAGUUGGACAAGAAGUUGCGAGAGAAUAUUUUUGAUACUAGAAAUAAUUUGUUCAUUUCGGAUGCACAAUCCGGAAAUUUCAAUUUCCAGAGGCCUCUAUUGAUAAUUUUAGAUAGAAACGUAGAUAUGGCGACAUCAUUACAUCACACUUGGACUUAUCAGGCACUUGCUCAUGAUUUGUUAGAUUUGGCUCUAAACCGAGUUACUAUUGAAGAAUCUGUCCCAAGUGGAGGAGCGAGAGCCAAGAGUCGAUCUUGUGAGUUGGAUUCUAAAGAUAAAUUUUGGUCUACACAUAAAGGUUCUCCUUUUCCCACCGUGGCCGAGGCAAUCCAGGAGGAGUUGGAACAGUACAAAUCAUCAGAGGGAGAAGUGAAAAAACUAAAAAGUUCAAUGGGAAUCGAUAACGAAAAUGAUAUCGCUUUGACGAUGGUAUCUGAUAAUACAGCUAAAAUUACGUCGGCUGUCAAUUCCUUGCCACAAUUAUUAGAAAAGAAACGCCUGAUUGAUAUGCAUACUUCUGUAGCUACAUCCUUGCUUAAUUGCAUUAAAUCUAGAAAAUUAGACACGUUCUUUGAAUUAGAGGAAAAAAUAAUGAGCAAAGCACAAGGUUUGGAAAAAUUGUUAAUGGAUACAUUAACCGAUCCUACAGCGGGAACACCUGAAGAUAAACUACGAUUAUUCAUAAUAUAUUUUAUUUGUACACCUCAUAUAUCGGAUCAAGAUUUACACAAAUAUGAAAACGCAUUAACCGAGGCUGGCUGUGAUUUAUCACCACUGCUGUAUAUUAAAAGAUGGAAGAGCUAUACUAAAAUGGCAAGUGGAAUAGGUAAUCAGUAUGAAGGUGCUGGAACCAAAACUGUUAAUAUGUUUUCCAAGUUGGUAUCACAAGGUUCAAACUUUGUAAUGGAAGGAGUCAAAAAUUUAGUAAUUAAAAGACAUAAUCUUCCCGUAACAAAAAUAGUUGAUAAUCUCAUGGAAUUUAAAAAUAGUUCAGAAAUGGAGGAAUAUUAUUAUUUAGAUCCAAAACAACUGAAAUUAACCGAAAUUCCUAGAAAUCGAUCGGCAUUCCAGGAGGCUAUAGUUUUUGUUGUAGGUGGUGGAAAUUAUAUUGAAUAUCAAAAUCUAGUAGACUAUGCAAAAGUAAAGACAACUGCGGGUAACGCAAAAAGGAUAUCUUAUGGUUCAACAACAUUUAACAACGCCAAACAAUUUCUCCAACAGCUUGCUUUAUUGGGUCAGGAGUUAUAGUAUAUAUUAUUUUUUUUAUAAAUAAAUAUUUAUUUAAAUUUAAUA